GUUUCCUCCCCGCACGCUGGGAGUCUCGCUUCCUGUGCAGGCCUGGCGCCGGCUCCUCCGCGGCCUGCAGCUAUGGGACCAAGGCCCCGAGAGGGAAGUCACUUACCAGAGUGUAGUAGGUUCUUCAUCCACAGCUCAAGUCUUCUAACUCUUGGGAACAGCAAGACCUGCCCUCCCAGCUCCUCUCCUCAUGCUCUGGUCUGCGUGGGCCUGCAUCGACCCAGAGUGAAUUCACAAUCAGUCCAACAUGAACUGGAAGGUCCUUGAACAUGUGCCCCUGCUGCUGUAUAUCUUGGCAGCGAAAACCUUAAUUCUCUGCCUGGCAUUUGCCGGAGUCAAAAUAUACCAAAGGAAAAGGUUGGAAGCCAAACAGCAAAAACUGGAAGCCGAGAAAAAGAAGCAGGCAGAGAAGAAGGAUAACUGAAGGGGAAUCAAAGGUACAGGGACUUCGCACCGUCAAAGGAUACGAAUUUGCAAUUUACAUGUCAGCCUGAGUGGAUUCCAGCUGAGAAGACAGAGGAAACGGUUAUUGGAGGAUGUGUCACAGGAUCAACUCCCUGCCUGUACGGUUAACUUAAAAUUAUAUCAAUUUUUUUAUGCUCUUAAAAGAACCACUAUUUUAUUUACUGAAAUAAAAUACCUUUGUAA